UGAGCAGGAGCCCGAGCUGCCGGGCCCCGCUUCUCGCCGCCGCCCCCGGUUUUCCGGAGCUCGGGGCGGGCAGGCGGGGGGCCGGAGUGUGCGUCGCCUCGGGGCCCGGGCGGGCGUACGGGCGACAUGCGCCCGGCUCGGCUUUGAUUCUUAGUUUCUAGUCCCCGCCUUCCUCCCGGGGUCCCCUCCACCCCCAGCUUGGCCCCGGCUUCCCUUUAAGCGCCCAGGACCCGCUCCGGCCGCGGGGAGGUGGGGGAGGGGCGCUCUCGCUUUCUCGGGGAGCGAGCCCCCCUACAGCCCGAGGCUCGGCCGGGGAUGGGGGGCAAGCAGAGCACGGCGGGCCGCUCCCGGGGCCCCUUCCCAGGCGUCUCCACGGAUGACAGCGCCGUGCCCCCGCCGGGGGGAGGCCCCCACUUCGGCCACUAUCGGACGGGCGGCGGGGCCAUGGGGCUGCGCAGCCGCUCCGUCAGCUCGGUGGCCGGUAUGGGCAUGGACCCCACCACGGCCGGAGGGGUGCCCUUCGGCCUCUACAGCACGGCGGCCGCCCGGGGGGCCGGCGAUACCGAAAGGGCACCGGGCGGCGGCGGCUCCGGGGCCGACUCCACGUAUGCCCACGGCAAUGGUUACCAGGAGACAGGUGGUAGUCACCAUAGAGACGGGAUGCUGUACCUGGGCUCCCGAGCAUCGCUGGCAGAUGCGCUCCCUCUGCACAUCGCACCCAGGUGGUUCAGUUCGCACAGCGGUUUCAAGUGCCCCAUUUGCUCUAAGUCUGUGGCUUCUGAUGAGAUGGAAAUGCACUUUAUAAUGUGUUUGAGCAAACCACGCCUCUCCUACAAUGAUGAUGUGCUGACUAAAGACGCAGGAGAAUGCGUGAUCUGCCUGGAGGAGUUACUUCAGGGAGACACCAUAGCGAGGCUGCCCUGCCUCUGCAUCUAUCACAAAAGCUGUAUAGAUUCAUGGUUUGAAGUGAACAGAUCCUGUCCAGAGCACCCUUCCGACUGACUCAUCGGGCACGCUUGCUGCCUCCUCUCAAAGGGCACCUUGCUUUACUGCUGACCAUCCUCUUCCCCAUCCCACCUGUCCCUUCCAAGUUUUGGGCUGGUGUUUUGUUUUGUAAAGAAACCCGCCAAUACCCUCUAAUCCACUCCAGCACCUCAAUUGGGUUUUCAUUUUCUUCAUCAUUUUUGGUUAGUUUUGUUUUAUUUUAUUUUAUUUAUUUCAACUAAACCCCCAGAACAGAUGAUGUCAGACCAAUCAGGGACAUCUGCUAUUUUUACCUUCACCUCAAAUAUUGAUGACUUGGGGAGAGAAGAGGAGAGGAGCCUGUUGCUGGAUUGCGAUCCUGAAAUCCUGUCAUGAUGUUUGGCUUCAGGGGGCUCCCCCCAGACACCAACAGCAGACAUGACACACUGGGCCCCCGGCCUCUGGUGGGAUGGAGCUGCUGCUGGCCCUCUGGCCAGACGGAGCACGACCUAUUUAUUACAGUCCACAAAAGGACAGCCCCCUGUCCCCGGGACACGGCCCCCAAGCGCCAGACAGAGCUUGGAACCUACGGGGACAGGCCCCCUUCAGCACUGACUUUGAGAGAGCUGUUUUCCCCCUUCUCCCUGGAGGACACCACAUCAGAGGAGGAAGAAUUGGAAAGAAGAAGUAACCACAGUCCUCUCCCCUCUCCCCCCACCCUACCCCACCCCAGGAGGGAAAGGGCAUUUUCUUUUACCUUUGAAAGGCAUUGUGGGUCUGUCUUUAACGUGUUUACAAACAAACAAGUCUCGUGUCCACUGGUGUUUUUCCUGGUGAUGUUUACAAGAUUCCUGUUUUGCGUGACUGAACCCAGCCAAGUCCUCACAGCCAGCAUUCUCUCCUUGUCCCCCUUCUGCACCCACUUUUAUGCCCAUCUUUAGUUUCGGUUUGCACUCUCCUCCUCUUGCCUCCAGACUCCACUCGGUGUCACGACUCCUAAUUGCCAAAAGACAAACCUCCAAGACCUUUCCUCCUGUUUUCUCUUCCUCUUCCAUUUCCAUUUCUUCUCCCCUUUCCUCACCCAGUUUUGGUCUUCAGUACAGUUCAGAGGAUCUCAAAAUCACAAGUGUCCUGCAAAGAUGCCUGAACAUUUUUCUUAGACCCUUGUGGAUAUUUUCUCUCUCUUUUUUUUUUUUCAAAAAACUUUUAAAAAUUUAUUAAAAAAAAAAAAAAAAAAAAAGGAAAAGAGGUACAGCCACAUCCCUGUUUUCAGGCACUCUGUUUGAGAACAUUUUAGCCAUCAACGUUCACACGUGGCAUCAGCCCAUGCAGGAUAGGUUUAUGUAUUUAUAUAUUAAAAAAGAAAAAAACUUAAAAUGUUUAAAAAAUUGUUCAAAGCUUGGGGGAAAAGCUUUCUUCAUUAGUCAAGGUGUUUUGAUAUGGUAUUAAAAUAAUGUUCAAUAAAAGAUGCUUGGUGUGAUUUUA